AUGGAAACCUUUUUCCUAAUUUUAUCUCUCGCCUUCUUCUUUUUCAUUUCUCUAAAACUUUUCUUUGGUAAACGGCACAGCAAGUUUAACCUACCACCAAGUCCGGCUAGGCCACUGCCAUGGAUUGGACACCUUCACCUCCUCAAACAGCCGCUCCACCGCACAUUUCUCUCUUUCUCUAAAUCACUCGGCGGUGCCCCAAUCUUCUGCCUCCGCCUUGGAAACCGUCUCGCGGUUGUCGUCUCUUCCUACUCCAUCGCUGAAGAAUGCUUUACAAAAAACGACAUUUUUUUUGCCAAUAGGCCAGAGUCUAUUGUCGGAAAAUACAUUGAGUACAACUUAACCACUAUGACGAGUGCGCCUUAUGGUGACCACUGGCGAAAUCUACGCCGUAUAGGCACCCUCGAGAUCUUCUCGUCCCACAAGCUUAAUGGCUUCUUAUCCGUCCGUAAGGACGAGAUCCGACACUUGCUACUUCGUCUCUCCAAAAACUCGCUGCAUGGGUUUGCGAAGGUGGAGAUGAGAUCAUUGUUUAUGGAUCUGACUAUGAAUAACAUACUCAGAAUGAUGGCUGGGAAACGAUUUUAUGGUGCCGGAACAGAGAAAGACAACGAUGCACGGAGAGUGAGGCAGCUGAUUGACGAAGUGGUAUCCUACGCCGGCGCCGGGAAUGCUGUAGAUUAUAUCCCAAUCUUGCGUUGGGUAACAAAUUUUGAGAAACGGGUCAAAAAUUUAGCGGGUCGGGUCGAUGAGUUCUUGCAAAGCCUAUUGGAUGAAAAACGUGGAGAUAAAGAAAAGGGUGACACUAUGAUGGAUCACUUGCUUUCUCUCCAAGAAACCCAACCUGAUUAUUACACAGAUAUCACUCUUAAGGGGAUCAUAGUUGUUAUGAUACUUGCAGGAACAGAAACAUUAGCAGGAACAUUAGAAUGGGCAAUGUUGAAUUUGUUGAAUCAUCCAGAGGUUUUAAAGAAAGCGAGGAACGAAAUCGAUACCAAGAUCGGUUUGGACCGGUUAAUAGAUGAACAAGACACUAAAAAUCUGCCGUAUCUCCAAGGGAUUGUGUUGGAGACUUUACGUCUUCACCCGGUAGCUCCGACACUUGUCCCACAUAUGACGUCAGAUGAUUGCAUGUUGGCUGGAUACGAUGUCCCACGUGGAUCAAUGCUAUUGGUCAACGUAUGGGCCAUGCAUAGAGACCCGUCUGUAUGGGAAAACCCUGAAACGUUCGAGCCGGAGAGGUUCGAAAAUGAAAAGGAAAAGCAGAAGGUGUUGUCGUUUGGGAUCGGACGACGAUCUUGUCCCGGGGUUGGGCUAACUCAUAGGCUAGUGAGCUUGGCUCUUGGAUCGAUGGUUCAGUGUUUCGAAUGGGAGAGAAUUGGAGAAGAAUGUAUUGAGACUAGAGAAAUUCCCAUGAUGCGUCCAGCUACACCGUUGCUUGCCAUGUGUAAAGCUCGUCCCAUUGUUCAUAACAUUCUCGAUGCUUCUGCUUGA